CUUCUAUCUUCUAAUUGGGGCUAGAAGUAUACAGAACAGGAAUUUUGUUUACAAGUGAUUUUGCUACCGCACAAAAAAUUCUAAAUUUCCUAUGGAAAGUCCAUUUUCCAAUCAAUUUCAAGAAUUUCUGGUCCGGAAUUAUCCGGAUGACCAUGAGAGCGAGAUGGCAGAGUCGUCUACAAAGCCCCUGAAGCAGUGCUAUGUUUUCGCCGCUCCCGCUACCAGAAGAAGAUAUGAGGAAACAGAAAUUCCGGAAGUGCCCACAGGCGAUCCCAUCUCAUUUUGCCGUCUGUGUUUCUCGACAAACACCUGGAGGUGCAUCAGCCAGCCGGAAAUUGUCAAGAGUUGGAUCCAGUACAUCGCUCAAAAUGCUGGCAUCCAGCUAGACUUCCAACAGGAUUCGUGCUUCGCCAUCUGUUUCGGUUGUAAAGCAGGUCUGGAGAGUGUUAGCCUGUUUAGAAAUUCUUGCUAUAAGCACGAUAUAGCCCUGAAACGACAUCGUGCUGCGUUGGCUACCGGACAAGAACCACCUACCGAUAGUAUAAAGAUUACAAACGUCGUUACGCUAGCACAUGAUCAGCCUUUAAAUGAGGUUGCCCAGCCAAAGCAAAUCAUGCUGUUACCCUUCGUGGAACUGCCUUCCGUUGAAUCGAGGGAACAGUAUGAGAUGUGCCACGCGUGCGAUUUGAAGGUACCAUCCGGGCAAUAUAUGAAACACAUGAAAAAAACGCACCGAAAAAAAAGCAGUAAGCUACUGUACUGCUCGUUAUGUUUGCAACGGUUUCGAAAGGUCGAAAAAUUUCAAGACCAUGCCUUGAAGCAUAAAUCCAUCGGUAAAAUGUCGCAACAAUGGCAACCAAUGACAUUUAAACAUAAAUGCAAAAUUUGUAAGAAAUACUUCGAAAGCGUUGCAGAACUCAGCAAGCACGAAGUGGACGAGCACGAUCUGACUUUUAAUUGUGGGAUGUGCAGUAGGAAAUUCCCUAACGAGCAAGAACAAGCCGUCCACAUGUUGCUGCAUAAGGCGGGCGUAUCCGUCGGACGAUAUUUCAAAUGUAAAAUGUGCAAACUCGUCUUUUCAAAUAGGACCAGCCUCAACGCGCACAUUGUCAAGCAUGCCAGGUAUUAUAUCUGUCCAAUUUGUGGGGAGUCUUUCUCCAGUGUAGAUUCGUACACCGAACAUCAAACUGUCGAACACCAGGACAGUUCUCCGGAGAACAAGUGCACACCCUGCAAUGCAUUUUUCCUGAAAACAGGGGAGUUACUCACGCAUCUAAAUUUGAAACACUCGACCUAUGACCCGAACACGGAAGACAACGAGCGACCGGCAGAGGAAAACGGCCAGAUCGACAGUACAAAUCAAGCGCUGGAAUCAAUGGAUGAAAUGGAAACGGUUAGCCUUUCGGACGAUGACGACGUUGACGAUGAUGAUACCAAUGAUGAUCUAUUUCCGACGUAUUUGGAAGCUGACGGUGAGGAAAUAGAUAGCGAAGUAACAGAAACCGUCUUAGUAGAUGAUCAGCAAGAUGAGUUGGUGUUCCAGGAGGCGCAGCCUGAUAAUGGAUUUGAUCUGUACGGAACAGCCUUUCGCCAGCAAAUUACGAUAACGUUGGAUGAUGAUUCACUGUAAUUUUUCCAUUUUAAUUUUUUUCUUUUUUUUUAAAUUUUAUAUCUAAACUGUUGUAGAUAUGGAGGAAAAAUAGAUUCUGUUAAGAAAAA